UUUUGAUUUCAUUUUCUAUCUACUAUCAAGGUUGACUAACGGGAAGAUGCAAUUGUCUCUCUCUUCUUAAAACUGUGGACAUGCUUCAUCACUUUAAAAGAUGAAUGGCUGCAGGAAAGGUAUCUUCUGGACCUUAAUCAUUCAGGAAGAUGUUGCCGGGCGGCUGUUUCUCGAGCCUCCGCAGCACUCAGGGAACCAGGGCGUUCUUCUACUUGCACCAUAACGUCAAGCGGCCGCAUCUACAUCCACAUCAUGGAUACCUGGCCUCCUCCCCUACAAGGGGCGAUUACCCUCGUUUCUACGGGCUACUUCGAACUAUCCUAUCCAAGCAUGCCUCAAGUAUUACGGAUUCAAUCCGCCCAGUUUUACCCGGUCGCAUCCCGCGAGCCACCUCUCCGCAGAGCACGAACAAUUCAUCGGAUACAAUCGUGCGACGCAUAGAUUACUACACUUCCCAAACAAAUGCUGCUGAAAACGUAGUAAUCGUGGACGAGGAUACCUGUGAACCUCCAGAGGCCACAACGCGAACACAGCGUGAAGCAACUAGUGCCCCCGAAAACCAAAUCGGCGACCAAGUGCGCCUGCUCAUGCGCCGUGUCCCGCACCCCGUCGCAAUAAUCACAUCCACCGACCCGAAAGCGCCCACAGCACAGACUGCCUUUCGGGGCAUGACAGUCUCCUCCUUCAACACAGUAACGCUCUACCCGGAAAGCAUCGUCUCAUUCAAUGUGAAACUCCCCUCCGAAACGUUCAACGCCAUCCACGCUUCGUCCCGUUUCCUCGUCCACCUGCUGGCGCCCACGGAUGCAACUGCGCGGCUGGCCAGGGACUUCUCCCGAGGAAAUGCAAAUGUCAUGCUUGCUGAUGAGAGGGAACGGUUUUUCAAAUUUGUCCCGAUGAGCGGGGGCCAUGAGGGUGGGUGGGCGCGGUCAUCGAUUACGAAGGGGGAACCGCCCCGUCUUGCUCUGAUAGGCCAUGCAGCGGAGAUGGGCGGCAAAUCCUCCUUUACCACGGAAAAGGCACGAGCAGAUGCAAGCGGUAUCACUACACCUAUCACGAGUGCAGAUUAUUUCCCAUUCAUCUUCGAAUGCCAAUAUCUCCCGCGGAGCGUCAAAGUAGGAAACCACGUCAUUAUACUGGGGCGGGUAGUGAACAUCAUUCGCCAAGAGGCAGCUGGUGCAUCCGAUCCUGUAGAGGCACAUAGUCCGGAGCAUUUAUGCUUGACCUACGCUGAUACGCGGUUCUGGAAAAUUGGAGAGAAUAUCUCGGUGGGCUGAGAUUGGGGGGUCAGUUUUGGGGACUUGGCGUCCUUUAUACAACACAAUAUAAUACAUAUCACUAACUGCUGCUUUAAUAAAUAUGGGGUAGAAACGGAGGUUCACAUUGAGCUGCGUGCUUUCUAGGUGUUUGUUGUAGAUGGAUUUUUUGAUAUAUGUAUACAUAUAUCCGUCAGGCGUUUACUCUAGUGAUUAUUUUCACUCUCCUUCGCUUCACUCAUCCCAAUAGAAUAAAUAAAAUUUUAUACUAAAGUACUCCUCCCAUUCAGGGACUCUACAUGCUUACGUUGAAGGAUCGAACAAGGCCCCAGAGAAAGCAUAGACUUUACCUCUUAAUAUCCCUUUUCGGCGUAUGGAAGGAAGCCGUGUGUGGGGUUGGGUGCCUCCAUUUAACACAUUAGGCAGGGUGUUCUACGAAAUCAUAAUCACGUCAUGAGAAUGAAAAAAGUGGAAAAAAAUGCAAAAUACGAAAGAAAGGAAGAAGGAAUGAAAGGAAAGGAAAAAGUAAAGCCAUACAACUGAACGAUGGAAUGAUGGGUUUAAAUAUAUUCGCUCAAGAUGUCUGAUGCCUAAAUAGUUCUUUGUGGGAUUCAAAAAAAAGGAUUUUGUGCGCAGAAAACUCUUUUAAUUUUACCUACUCUUGUC